UACUCAUUGAUCUAAGAAAUUUGUAACACUUUAAAGUUAUCGGAUUUCGGUUGAUUACAUUUUCUCUGGAAUGGAGCUUUCAAAGGAUUCAAUCGAAGCUUUAGUUAAAAUGAUGAAGGAAGAGACGUUAUUGGACAUCGAUUCUUACUCUUUUGUUUCACCUUCUGCUUACGACACUGCCUGGUUAGCCAUGGUUCCUGCAGAUUCGAACCAACCAUGCUCUAUGGAACCCAUGUUCAGGGUUUGCUUGGAUUGGGUGCUCAAAAACCAGACCCAAGAAGGGUUUUGGGGAGAGUGUGACGCUCAUGGCAACCCCACCCUCGAGUCUUUGCCUGCUACUCUGGCUUCUGUUAUUGCUCUCAAAAAGUGGAAUGUGGGGAAGGAAAAUGCAGAGAAAGGACUGGCUUUUAUUCGAGCAAACGCAGAGUAUCUCCUAGCAGGACAUCAAAACCAGUUUCCUCGUUGGUUUGCCAUUGUUUUCCCUGGGAUGAUUGAACUUGCACGUAAAACUGGCCUAGACCUGGACUUCCCCCACCAUUUGAAAGGGUUGUUGAUGGAUAUUUUCUUUGAACGAGAACAAAUCCUAGAAAGUGAUAAGGAACUUGCUGCUGGCGGUGCCUAUCCUUCAUUAUUAUCAUACCUCGAAGUGUUGCCUUCAUUGUACGCCGCUAAUGAACAAGAAAUAAUGAAGAACUUGAGUGGUGAUGGCUCAUUAUUCCAAUCCCCUUCAGCAACUGCAUGUGCAUUCAUGGCUACCGGGAAUAAAGACUGCUUAGCUUACUUGCAAUCGCUAAUUGAAAAAUGUGGCAAUAAUGGAGUCCCGCCGACGUAUCCAAUGGAUGAAGAGCUAAUAAAACUUGGUUUGGCCAAUCAACUUGAACGGUUGGGAUUGGCUGAACAUUUCACGCAGCAGAUUGAAGAGAUUUUGACCCAAGUUUACCAGACUUAUACUAAGGAAUCAUCAUCAGAGAAAAGCAAUAGUGUUGCUUCAGUUGCAACCCAACUACAAAAGGACUCUUUGGCAUUUCGACUCCUUCGCAUGCAUGGUUAUAACAUAUCCCCAUGGAGCUUGUGUUGGUUCUUGAAUGAUGAUGAAAUUGUAGAUCAUAUAGAGAAAAAUCAGGAAUUUUUCUCAAGCGUGAUGCUUAAUGUUUAUAGAGCCACGGAUGUUAUGUUUUCCGGAGAAUACGAACUGGAGGAAGCAAGAUCAUUUUCCAGGAAAGUUCUGGAGAAAGUUGUAAGUAAGGGAACUGGAUCAGAUAAUGACGUUUUUACAAAAUCGUCCGCCUUUCAGAGAAUGAUGGAGGAGGAGCUGAGUCUUCCAUGGGUGGCGCGAUUGGAUCACUUGGAACACAGAGCGUGGAUUGAACAGAAUGAGAUGAAUGCUUUGUGGCCAGGAAAAACCUGCUUUCACAGGAUAUCAAGGGCUAAAAAUGAAAAGUUAGUGCAACUUGCUGUAGCAGAUUAUGAGUUUAGGCAGUCAAUUUACAAGAAGGAAAUGGCUGAAUUGAAAAGCUGGUGUCUGAAAUGGGGUCUUAGUGAUAUGGGAUUUGGUCGAGAGAAAACCAUGUAUUGCUACUUCGCCAUCUCUGCCAGCCUUUCCCUGCCUUAUGACUCCCACAUCCGAAUGCUGGUGGCCAAAAGUGCUAUAUUGAUUACGGUCGCUGAUGAUUUUUUUGACAUGGAAGCUUCUCUAAAUGACCUUAACAUCCUCAUUGAUGCUGUUACAAGAUGGGAUGGUACAGGAGUAGGCGGGCACAGUAAGGCCAUCUUUGAUGCCCUUGAUAAUCUUGUGAAAGAAACUGCUGAAAAAUAUCGGCAACACCAAGGAACCGAUAUAACAAGUUAUCUACAGCAAAUAUGGUGUGAGACAUUUGAUUCAUGGCUUAUGGAGGCCAAAUGGAGCAAAAGUGGAUACAUGCCAUCAACUGAUGAGUACCUUCGAACAGCCACCACAUCUAUCGCUGCACAUACACUGGUUCUUCCGGCUUCAUUCUUCCUGAAAUCAAGCUCGCCGAAUGCUGAAAUCAGCCCCACUGCCGCCGAGUACAAGACCAUUACCAAACUCACCAUGCUUAUAACUCGUUUGUUGAAUGACAUACAAAGCUACCAGAAGGAAAUAGAAGAUGGGAAAAUGAACUACGCAUUGCUUUACAUGAAGGAAAACCCGGAUGCAAACAUCGACGACUCGAUCACCUUCAUGCGGGACUUGAUCGACAAAAAGAGGAAAGAGUUAUUUAAGCAUGCUUUGAUGAACGGAUUAAGUGAUUUGCCCGUUGAAUCGAGGCGACUUCACUUAUCGUGCAUGAAAGUGUUUCAGAUGUUCUUCAACUCCAGCAACCGGUACGAUUCCAAUACAGAGAUGAUUCAAGACAUACAAAAGGCUAUAUAUGUUCCUCUAGAUGUUGGGACAUGGAAGCCAUUGGUUCCUCUUCCUUCACUGUCUGGUUCGAACAAGGAACUUCAAACAACAAUAAGUUCUCAGCAGCUUGUUAUACGACCAUUCAAAUAUCAGAAGAGAAGAAUUAUAGGAUACCAAGCUUCUUUGCCCAUUGCUAGGCGCGGAUAUGUUAAUAUGUUUAUCACUCCAAGUUUUAGGUUGUCCUUCGCCUAAUCAAAUAGGUCAAACCCUGCAUAGUUUUGGGAACAAUAAUGUAUAAUAGAAAUAAAGUGUAUAUACUUCCCUUGUGGAGGUGGAUCCCUGUUGAAUUCGUUGAAGAAGACGAAAUAUGUGUUAAUUAAAUGAAUGUUUAUGGUGGCGCA